ACCGAAAUGAUGUCUCUUGAUAUAUCUGACAGUGCUCAAAUCUAUGCUGCGUUUGUGGUGUACCUGGACCUCUUAGAAGGGAGAAACUGGCAUGAAGUGAAGCAUGUCGGAGUAGCAGAACUGCAACUCGUAUGUUUACACGCACGUGAAAAAGAACAGGACAGUCUCCAAGUGAUGGUGCCGGUACCUGUGCACAUAUCGUUAAGCCAUGAGAGGAUAAGAGAAAUCCUGAAGAAAGCAUCUCUCCCACAAGACGAUCCCGACACCCCGCUGUCAGUUACUUUGGCCAUAGUUGAGUCAGAUUCCACAGUAGUCUACUAUAAAAUGACUGAUGGCUUUGUAAUACCAGAUCCUCCUGACGAUACUGAAGAUGUGGACAAUAAACAGUGGAGAAAGAAAAGAAAGAAGCUUUUCAAAUGA